CCUUUUUACGACGCGGCCACACCACCGGUACAUACUCCGUGGCGCACGUGCUCCGAGCCAACAUGGACUCUUCGAUCGAUUUUAGAAGUCAGCGAACCAUGGUGUUCCUUCAGUGGAUAAUUUUCCACGAGUAUUUCGUUUCUGUUAAGUUAUGAAAAUUGGUUGACCAACAACGCCGCUGAGAAUAGCUUGGUUAGAAAACGAAUGCAUUUGUUGGUUUUGUUUUGUGUGUUGAAGUGUCAUCUCUUGGAUAUUUUAGGAAUCGGUUUAGUUUGAGAAAUCGUCGCUAGUAAGAAUUAAAUGCGAAAAGGGAUUUAUUCUAUCGGCAUGAUGCUACAACUACUAAUCCUACGUUAACAAAUUCAACUGUACCUCCCCCAUUAAGCGUCAAUUCCAAUUCCUCUUCCAAAGAGUCUUUGUCUAGCAGAGACAGUGACAGAAUGAAGGAUACUCUUCCCAAAGAUAUGGAUGGUUAUGUAGGCUUUGCAAACCUCCCAAAUCAAGUCUACAGAAAGGCUGUGAAGAGAGGCUUUGAAUUCACGCUCAUGGUUGUUGGUGAAGCUGGUCUUGGAAAGUCAACAUUAAUUAAUUCUAUGUUCCUUACUGAAAUAUAUUCAAACGAAUACCCAGGCCCUUCUCUUCGUGUAAAGAAAACUUUGCAAGUUGAAACAUCCAAAGUACUGCUCAAAGAAAGUGGAGUUAAUUUAUUACUAACAGUAGUAGAUACACCAGGUUUUGGUGAUGCGGUGGAUAAUUCUCAAUGUUGGUCACCAAUAUCUGACUACAUUGACAAUAAAUAUGAAGAAUAUUUAAAUGCUGAAUCCAGAGUCCAUCGAACAACAAUUCCUGAUGGUAGAGUGCACUGCUGCUUGUAUUUCAUAGCUCCUUCUGGUCAUGGUUUAAAGCCUUUAGAUAUAGAAUUUAUGAAAAGACUGCACGAUCGAGUGAAUAUCAUUCCUCUUGUUGCCAAAGCAGACACAAUGACACCUGAAGAAUGCCACUUUUUUAAAAGACAAAUAAUGACUGAAAUAGCACAAAACCAAAUUAAAAUUUAUGAAUUUCCAGAGUGUGACGAUGAAGAUGAAAACAGACAGCUCAAAAUCAUGAAGGAACGGGUGCCAUUUGCUGUUGUUGGUAGUAAUACGCUCAUAGAUGUCAAUGGAAAACAAGUUAGGGGUCGAAAAUACCCAUGGGGUGUGGCAGAAGUUGAAAAUAUGGAACAUUGUGAUUUUCUUGCAUUACGAAACAUGCUUUUAAAGACUCAUAUGCAAGAUUUGAAGGAUGUCACAAACAGUGUUCAUUAUGAAAAUUUCAGGUGUAGGAAACUGGCUGGUGUAGGAACUGAUGGCAAACCUUCAAGGUUAUGCAACAAGAAUCCUCUUGAUCAGUUGGAAGAAGAAAAGAGGGAACAAGAAAACAAAAUGAAGAGAAUGGAACAAGAAAUGGAACAAGUAUUUGAACUUAAAGUGAGAGAAAAAAGACAAAAACUCAAAGACUCUGAACUUGAUCUUCAAAAAAGGCAUGAACAGAUAAGAAAAAGUUUAGAACAACAAAAGAAUGAAUUAGAAGACAGGAGAAAAAAUUUUGAAAAAGAUAAAGCUAAUUUUGAAUUAGUCAACAAAGAUGCUGAAGAUGCGUUUAAGAGGAUGACAAUGGAUAACAACUCCAAAGAGACUGUUUCUGGAUCUGCUAAGAAUACUCCUCGACUGAAAACCAAACACUUGACUGCAUUUCUUUUUAAGCUGGACGGCAAAGAGAAGAAGAAAGAAAAAAAGAAGGGCCUCUUCUAAGAGAGAACACGAGAGAAAGAGAUGGAGUUAGAAAACAAAAAUGUUAAAAAGGUUGACUGUGCCUCUGUUUACCAUUGUUCGCUUUUGUGUGAUGUCUUCUUCGUGUGUCGAACCCUUCUUGUGUUUGUGUCGCUGUUGGACGGUAAAUGCAGGCCCAGGACACAAAAAAAGACUUGCUCACACCGUUUUUUUUCGCCAAUUACAUAACAGUGGAUUUGAAACGCUUGUACAUUUUUAUUUUGCAGAGCAUUAAUUGCAUUUUUAUCCAUCUGUAUAUAUUGAAAUUCUCAUUUAUAAAUAACAUUUUUAUUUGGAGAAAGUAAUUGCUGUGCAUGUAAAAAUGAAAAGGAUUAUUUUGCUUUAAAAAAGCUGGCAUUUGUGUUUGUUAUAGACAAAGCAAGAAUGAAUAAUAAAUUUAGGUUUAACCAAAUGAAGUUAAUUGCUAUCAAUCUUAGUUGGUAUAAGUAUUCCACCCUUUAAUUGACUAAAACCAAGUCUUAACCGAUCCUAGUCGGUUAAAGCUCAUACCCCAAUGUCUACAAUCUUUGUUAUUAUCUGAACAAUAGCCUUUAAACAUCAAUGUAACGAAUCCUGAUAUCACAAUCAACUCAGAGGGUCUUUAAUCUAUCAAUUAAUAAUUUAUUGCUUUAUCAUAAUAUAUUACUUAGGCUUUAACUGACUAGGUUUGGUUAGACUUGGUUAAGGCCCUUUCACUGGCUAAAACUAAGUGUAACCGUUCCCAGUCAGUUAAAGUUCAAAGCCGAUAUCUUUAAUAUGUGUUAUUAUUUGAAUAAUAGCCCUUAAAAAUCUGUAGUGAAUUCUAAUAUCAUUUGAAACUCACAGGCAAGGGUUGUUUAUGUAAUAGUUAAUGAUUGCUUUAUCAUAUGUAACAUACAACUUGGGGUUUAAACUGACUAUGAUUGAUUAGACCUAUAGGGUGGCCAUAGUUCAAGGAAAAGUUUGGGAAUUUUAUCAUUCUAAAAAUUUGGAAAAUGUCAGGAGAUUUAAUUUAAAUACCCUUGUUAUGGAAAAUCAGUUAGUUUGAAUAUAAAGUAUAUAAAAGUCGAUAUUUUUUCAAAUAAUAAUAAUAAGUAAAUAAAAUUCCUUGUUUUCAACUUGAAAAUCAAAUAUAACAAUUUUGAAAUAUAUUUUUUCCAUACGAAUGAAGCUUAAAAUUUAAUAUGAGAAUUUUGUCACAGUUACAAAAUCACAAUGGUUACUAAUUAACAAUGUAUGAUAUGGUUACAAAAAUCGAGAAAAUUCUUUAAAAUCAGUCUGAAAAGUCGGAUUUUUUUUCUGAGUGUUUGUGACUCACUGUCUUGUAAGUUUUAACUGGUUAAAGGCGGUAGCAUUUGAAAUUUUCUUUGAACUUUAACAAGAUAGGAUUAAAAGGCAAUUCUUAACUUUUAUUUCUUUAAACCUAGUUUUAUCUUUUUAUUCUUGCUUUAUCAGUAACAUAUCUACUUGUGAAACAAAUAUGCAUUUUUUUUUAUAGAAUUGAUUCCAUUUUAUAAGUGAUUCUCUCAUUAAUAGUUGUAUAGGAACAGUAUUGAAUCUUUAAUCUCUUAUGCAAUUACUACUUUUAAAGAAAGGUACACAUUUAAAAUUGAAAGUUUCUCAACAAUGCAUUUCCUGUAUCUCAUCUAUGUAAGAUAGGAUUGAUUCAUUUUUAAUAUAUUGUAGGCAUUUUAACUGUUAUUUCUUUUACUUCCUCCUAUUUGAAAGUUAUUAGUGUUAUUUAUUUAUGUUUCCCCCCUGUUUUACGUACAUCGUUUUCUUUUUACCAUUUAAAAUUGCUAAUGAAUUGAUUGAGUACUGAUUGCAAAUUUGUAUCUAUUUAUAUGAAGAACUUUUGUACCUUGUUCUCAUAUGCAAAAGACUGAAAUUAAUUCGACUUAACCGUGACUGUCAGCAAAUAAAAUUUUUUUCAUGUUU